AUGUUCCGCUUUCUCCUGGUCACUUUGCUGGUCUCGGAGAGCUCCGCGACAUCCUUGCGAGCAGAGCGGUUGCAGACGGCGCAAAGCCCUUGCGAGUGCCAGGCGGACACCUCUUCCAUUCCCCGGCCACAGCGAACACAGCCCCGAUGUAUCUUUAUCGACUUGGGGGCCGCAGAUGGCAACAGCUACAACAUGUUCUUGAACGGCGAGUACGGCCAGAUCUCCGACUGCCCAAACCAAGAGUACGAGGCAUAUCUCGUCGAGGCAAAUCCGCACUUCGAGACGGAACUGAACAACAAAGCCGCAACCUCUGUCCCAGGGAAGGAGAUCUACAUCAUGAUGAACGGCGCCUGGAUGUGUGAAGCUGACACCACGUUCCACGUAACCAGCGCUGCAUCAUCCUUGGCGCCACAGGGCAAUGCAGAAGAUGUUAAGGUGCAUCUGAUCAAUACAAUUUCGCUGAUCAAGUCAAAGACCAUCCCUGGAGACAAGGUGCUGCUGAAGGUUGACAUCGAGGGUGCGGAGUUCGAUAUCAUCCCAUGUCUCGCGCAGUCAGACGUCCUUAGCCCCGACAUGACCGCCUUUGUGGAGGAGCACUACUUCCUUGGUGGCGUGAAGAGGAGUCUUACGCACGUCAAGGACAAAGAUUACAAGGCGGCCAAGGAGGUCAUGAUUUCCAAGGGAGUCAAGAUGCCACAUUACAGCUCUUUGACGCUGCUGUCCAACCUGACUGACAGCUGA